GCAAAUAAAUUGCGCACAAAGACCCUGAAGAACACUUUGAAUCCGGUUUGGAACGAGACCCUGAUUUACCAUGGCAUUACUGCUGCUGACAUGACAACAAAAACUCUCAGGCUGUGUGUGUGUGAUAUGGACCGUUUGGGUCGUAACGAGUUUAUCGGUGAAGUGCGAGUCGCUUUAAAGAAGCUCAAAGAAGGAGAGAGCAAACGAUACAACAUGGGGCUGGAGAGAAUCACACAGGUGCGAGAAGGUAACAAUCAGACUGUGGAUCAGAGUUCACAACUAGCAGAGGAGGAGCGGGGACGUAUCCUGGUGUCUCUGUGUUAUCUCAUGGAGAAGACGUGUUUGGUGGUUGGGAUUAUUCGCUGUGCUCACCUCGCAGCGAUGGACUCUAACGGUUACUCCGACCCCUUCGUCAAGAUCAUUCUUCAGCCGGAUAUGGGGAAAAAGUCCAAGUAUAAAACCUCAGUGAAGAAAAAAACCUUAAACCCGGAGUUUAAUGAGGAGUUUAUAUACGAGGUUCCUCACGAUCAACUGGCUAAAAAGACUCUGGAAAUCUCCGUGUGGGAUUACGAUCUGGGAAUGAGCAACGAUUUCAUCGGAGGAGUUGAACUGGGGAUCAAUGCUAAAGGAGAGCGACUGAAGCACUGGUUCGAGUGUCUUAAAUACAAAGGAAAGAAAGUGGAGUAUUGGCACACGCUCACACAGCAAGGGGCGCCAAGCAGCGACUAACAUACCCAUAUACGCACGCACGCACGCACACACACACACACACACACACACACACACACACACACACACGCACAUACAUACGGAAGAGUACGAGUAAUAAUGACAUGAUGCAAUAAACACACUCAUGAGAAUGCGAGGGAUGACGAGGCGGUGUCUGGAUGUCAAGUCGCCCUUGUGUAUGUGGAAACACACGUGAUUGGACAGAUGACCCGCUGACGUCACACACACACUUCUGAGUUGUGUAAUAAUCGUUAUGAAGUGUGUGUCAUGGACAAUUUGCACAUCAGUCAAAGCACAACCCAGGCUGGAUUUUGUCCUUGUGUAUUUGUUUGUUGUUUUUGUCUUUAUGAGUGAGUGAGAGCAUGUGUGUGCAUGUAUGUGAGUGUGUGUGUGUGUGUGUGUGUGUGUGUGUGUGUGUGUGUGUGUGUGUGUGUGUGUGUGUGUGUGUUCGCAUGUGCAUGUGUGUGUGUGUGGUGUUUUUUGUUUUUUUUACAAGAUCUCCUCACACCUUCCAGUUGGUGAUGUACAGAGAGAAGUAACAUAUAACACCCCCCCACACACACCCACACACACGCACACACGCGCACACACACGCACACACACGCACACACACGCACACACACGCACACACACGCACACACACGCACGCACACACACAGGCCGGGAAUAAGCUAACAUGAGAACCUUUAAUCUCUUGAUCAGGAUUAUUAUGUGUCGAUCACUGGACUGUGAACAGCGACGUCAAAAAUCUGUGCAGCGUCUUGAACGUUGUUGUGUUUGUGCGUCUGUCUGAACGACCUCGUUGUGUAAUGUGUGUGUGUGUGUGUGUGUGUAUGUGUGUGUGUGUGUGUGUGUAUGUGUGUUCAGUCUAUGUUGGACGUGUCCGUGGAGUCACCUUCAAAAUGUGUCCCCAUUCAAAAAAAAAAAAAAGCAGCACACUGAUGAGGAGGAUGAUGAUGAUGAUGAUGAUGAUGAUGAUGAUGAUGAUGAUGAUGAUGAAGAUAGAGCUCUGCUGCCCUCUGCUGGUGCAGUGAAUGAAUUGCUCAACACUCAAACACCAUUCAAAAACCAUCCAACCUCCUCUGAAGAGCUGAACCACCAAACAGAAAACACCAACAUCAAAUACCAACAUCAGAAAUAAAAUGCUUAAAUGUCAAUGAGAAAAGCUCAACUACACUCCUGGAAGCUUAACCACCAAACUAACCACCUUCAAACAGUCUAAUCACCAAUAAAGAACGUACAAAUAUAUCAGCCAAUGAUCACUGAGCAUCCCAAAAGGCCUGAAGUAAAUCAAACAUCAUCUUAGGACCUGAAACUACAACAUGAAAUACUGUAGAAAUAAUAAAAUGUCUGUGAGAAGUUCAAUCAACAAUCAAACAGAGGAGCUCAGAAACCAGCCAAACAGUCAAAGAGUUCAAUAAUAAAUCCAACUGUCCCCAAAAACAACCAACAAAGAGCUCAACCCCAAUCAAACAUCAUCUGAAGAACUCUACCGCUAAUCAAACAUCAUCUGAAGAACUCUACCGCUAAUCAAACAUCAUCUGAAGAUCUCAACCACAAUUAAACAUCAUCUGAAGAUCUCAAUCCCAAUCAAACAUCAUCUGAAGAUCUCAACCCCAAUCAAACAUCUGAAGAACUCUACCGCCAAACAUCAUCUGAAGAUCUCAAUCCCAUUCAAACAUCAUCUGAAGAUCUCAACCCCAAUCAAACAUCAUCUGAAGAUCUCAAUCCCAUUCAAACAUCAUCUGAAGAUCUCAAUCCCAUUCAAACAUCAUCUGAAGAUCUCAAUCCCAUUCAAACAUCAUCUGAAGAUCUCAACCCCAAUCAAACAUCAUCUGAAGAUCUCAACCCCAAUCAAACAUCAUCUGAAGAUCUCAACCCCAAUCAAACAUCAUCUGAAGAUCUCAACCCCAUUCAAACAUCAUCUGAAGAUCUCAAUCCCAUUCAAACAUCAUCUGAAGAUCUCAACCCCAAUCAAACAUCAUCUGAAGAUCUCAACCCCUAUCAAACAUCAUCUGAAGAUCUCAAUCCCAUUCAAACAUCAUCUGAAGAUCUCAACCCCAAUCAAACAUCAUCUGAAGAUCUCAACCCCAAUCAAACAUCAUCUGAAGAUCUCAAUCCCAUUCAAACAUCAUCUGAAGAUCUCAACCCCUAUCAAACAUCAUCUGAAGAUCUCAACCCCAAUCAAACAUCAUCUGAAGAUCUCAAUCCCAUUCAAACAUCAUCUGAAGAUCUCAACCCCAUUCAAACAUCAUCUGAAGAUCUCAACCCCUAUCAAACAUCAUCUGAAGAUCUCAACCCCAAUCAAACAUCAUCUGAAGAUCUCAAUCCCAUUCAAACAUCAUCUGAAGAACACACUCACCAAUCUGAAAACAAAAGAAAAACAUGACCAACAAUCAGCACCUGAAGAACUCAACCAGAGUUCAACUACCAUCUUAAACCAAUCCAGGAGCUUCAAAAGAAUCCAUCCACUACCAUAAACCAAUGAAAACACACCAGAAAUGAUUGAAAUGAUCAGACUUUGUCCACCAAUAAAGCAUCGUCUGAAGAGUUUCACCACCAAUCAACCAGCCUCCAACGUAUGUACACACAGAGAAAUCCAGUUGGUUGAUGGUUUCCUUCCCUCAACGACUUCCUUGAAGAUCUCCACCUCUGCUCCCGAAUGUUACCGAGUUUUCAGGUCUGAUUUCACAGAAGUUUUCUUUUCAUUGUAAUGUUUCGAUUUCAAAAGAUCUGCAUGAAGAUGUUACCCAUCAUGUACUAAAGACUUUACGAUUAUGCAAGCUGGACUUUUCUUCAAGCCAUCUGUCGUGACUUUGUGGUGUUGUUGAGACACUGAGACAGGGUGUUCCUUCAGUCUGAGCUCGUUCAUGCAGAUUCAGGCCACGCCCACACGUAUAUGCAUACUUUUGAGAAGAUAGUUUUCCACCUCUGUGUUCUGGCGUUCUGGCAUUCUGUCCACACACACACACACACACACACACACACACACACACACACACACACACACACACACACACACACACACACACACACACACACACUUUCUCUACUGCCCAAACAGCAGCUCUUAUUUCUUACUCUUAUUCCUGAGCAGUUUGAUGGAACGGUUCAUGACAUACUAUCGCCACCUACUGGGCUGGAGUGCUCACUGACCAUUUAAAAGAUCCGUGUGUGUGUGUGUGUGUGUGUGUGUGCGCGCGCGCGCGCGUGUGUGUGUGGAUUGAGAUGUUUACAAAAAUACUUUUCACAUGAUGGGGUGGGAUUUCUUUUGAAAACAGAGGCGUAAAAACUGUAUUUCAAAACGUUUGUGUACGUGUGGGCGGGGCCUGAGUGACAUAUGCAAAAAAUCGAUGUACCUUUAUGUUUCUCUGAUGACGACUCUGAUUUCAAUUCAAUCAGUAAGCAUUAUAUAUAUAAAUAUAUAAAUAUAUAAAUAUUAAAAUAAGAUGAUUGCUGCAUGCCUAUAAGUGUCACGUGCACCAUUUAUAACCAUGUGCGUCAUCACCUAGCUAACUGUAUAAAUACUUCAUUUGUUUAUUGGUUUAUUUGUUUAUUUAUUUGUUUGUUUGCACAGGGAUGAUUAAGGCUGUUUUAUAUAUGGGUUUUUUUGUCCCAGAUCUUCUUCAAACGCUCUCAUGUGUCCUGAAACACCGUCUCUGUGGAAUGUGUUCUGUGACUGCCAUCGUGUGGUCAGUCUUUGUAACUGCAUCUCAAAAAUAAAAUAAUAAUAAUAAUAAUAAUAAUAAUAAUGUGAACUGUGCAGUCAAAUGCAAUCAAACUCCAGUACAUUAGUUGAUAGGAUUUAUUGUAUUGCUGUAGUAUAUGAUGUGACGUUACGAUGCUGUAGGUCACGUGGUAAUUAUUUACGUUUGCUCAGAACCUACACGUCGUACUUUUUCCGUGUAAUAAUUCUCAAGGCACGGACCUCUGCUUUAUUCUUUCUUCUCUGGAUGAAGAACUCUCCCUAUGAA